AUGAAAGACGAUAGCGCAUAUCACCAUUUACAACCGCGAAAUCCACGGUCGCGAUACCUUCCGCCUGAGACUGCGCCGGCCUAUGGGACACCGCCACUAGAACAGCCGUUAUCUUUCGCUGAUAUCGCCCCUCCCGGCCAUAUCGUUAACUCUUCAUCCUGCUCUACUUCUGUAUCGAGCUUUAACGACUUGUCAAACCUAGAUCCAAAUUGUCUGCGACAUCCAAAGGCGGUUCUACAUCCAUCGACUCUAAUUCAGCAUUCAUGCCAAUUCGCCAUGGACCAAAACUUUAUCCCCAGCUCCGAUUGCACUAAUUAUACUUCCCCUUUUGACACUGGAAGUCCAGAGCCCAUGGCGGCUUCUGCAGGUCAGAUCUUGUCUGAAGGGGAAUCCGAUGAUGAGAAGUCUGAUGAGCCCUACUCCAAAUUAAUAUGGCGAGCCCUUCAGUCCGUUCCUGACAACAAGAUGACACUGAAAGAGAUUUACGAAUGGUUCGAAAAGAAUACGAAUAAGGCAAGGAAUUCAGAUUCAAAGGGCUGGCAAAAUAGCAUACGACAUAACCUGUCAAUGAAUGCAGCAUUCGAAGGUGUGAAAGACACUUCAUCUCCUGAUGGAACACCAAGGAAAACGGCGAAUGUACCGAAAAGUGGGAAGUCACAAAAAGCCUUCAAAAUUAGAACAUCCAGCUCCUCAACGCCAAAGAUCUGGGGCCAAGGGAGGCAAGACUGCCAAGAAAACUUCCAAAAUGAGGCGUGUUAA